UGCAGGGUUGAUCAUCCUUCUGCUGGCUGGAGCUUCUACUGGCAUAUGGCUGUUCCCAAAAAGUCAGACGACUCCUACAGCUAUGAGCUGCUACCUGGCAGCGAGAAUGGGACUGAACAGGAUCUCUUCAUCAUUGAUGGACAAACACACACAGCAGGAUAUGUGUGCAGAGCAGGAAGAGGAGACCCAGUGUUUUACAGUUCGUACAGCAAACCUACAUUUGUCUGGUCUGGAGAUAUUAACUCUGCAGCGUCUCUCACAGUGAGUCCUGACAGUGUGCAGCACUUCACCAAAACGCCUGUGUCACUGAGCUGUGAGGGAAACUCCCCUGAGUGGAGAGUGAAGUGGUUUUCGAAACCUGACAACCUUCUUCCCUGUUCUAUCUUGGGGACAAUGACUGGAUCCACAUGCAAAAUAACCAGUUACUGGCUCAGUGGAGUGUACUGGUGUGAGUCUGAAACAGGACAGUUCAGUAAUGCAGUCAACAUCACUAUGAAGUAUGAUGUUAAAAUGAUCCUGGUGAGUCCUGUCCGUCCUGUAGCUGAGGGACUUCCUGUCACUCUUAGCUGCAAGUUAUAUAAUGAAACUGUUCUUUAUGAUGUGGAUUUCUAUAAAAAUGACAAACUCAUCCAGAACGAUACCAGAAAGGAGCUGACCAUCUCCGCAGUGUCAAAGUCAGAUGAAGGCUUUUAUAAAUGUAAACGGAGAGAUUCAGCAGAUGUUUGGACGUCAACCGAGAGUUGGUUCUCAGUAAAAUCUUCUCGGCCUGGAAAAGCCUCUCAAUUUCCUGUCCUGUUGACUGUUGGGCUGCUUUGUGGAGUUUUACUGAUAGUUCUCCCGCUGCUGUUCAUGUAUCGCUACAGAAAAUCAAAAGAUUCAGUCUUCAUCAGAUCUCAGAGCACCAAUCAGGGCCCUGCUACAGACCACAUGAUCAACCAGGAUGAAAUUCAAAACAUGCCAGAAUAUUCUACUCUCCUCCAUGGUGAUCGUUGUCUCUAUGAAACAAUCGGAGGCCCUGUAGAAGCUGGAAAUGGUGCCAGUAAUGAACCAGAAGAGAGCCUUUACAUAAACGUGGCUGCAGAUCAAUAAAGACAUCCUCAUGGACAGAACCAAUGGAGCGGAUAAAAACAUGAAAA